AUUUACCAAGAACCUCUCUCCAGACAAAAUCAACCUGAGCACGCUGAAAGGACAGGGGCAGCUGACCAACCUGGAGCUGGAUGAGGAGGUGUUGCAGAAUGUGCUGGAGCUGCCCACCUGGCUCGCCAUCACCCGGGUCUACUGCAACAAGGCAUCCAUCAGGAUCCAGUGGACAAAGCUGAAAACACACCCCAUCUGCCUGUACCUGGAUAAAGUGGAGGUGGAGAUGCGAACAUGUGAAGAGCCUCGGCCACCCAAUGGACAGUCUCCCAUUGCUCUCGCUGCUGGUCAGAGUGAAUAUGGCUUUGCUGAAAAGGUCGUGGAGGGGAUGUUUAUUGUUGUCAAUUCCAUCACCAUCAAGAUUCACUCCAAGGCCUUUCAUGCUUCUUUUGAGCUAUGGCAGCUCCAAGGCUACAGUGUCAACCCAAACUGGCAACAGAGUGACCUGCGACUCACCCGCAUUACUGAUCCGCAGAGAGGAGAGGUUUUGACGUUCAAGGAGCUCACCUGGCAGACACUUCGGAUAGAAGCAGAUGCCACUGACAAUGGCGAUCAGGAUCCUGUUACUACUCCUCUGAGACUCAUUACCAACCAGGGGAGGAUCCAGAUCUCUCUCAAGAGGAGGACCAAAGAUUGCAACGUGAUGGCAUCUAAGCUGAUGUUUCUCCUUGACGACCUGCUCUGGGUGCUGACAGACUCUCAGCUGAAAGCAAUGAUGAAAUAUGCAGAAUCUUUGAGUGAAGCCAUGGAGAAGUCUGCACAGCAAAGGAAAAGCUUGGCACCAGAGUCUGUACAGAUCACCCCUCCUCCUCCAAGUGCCCAGCAGUCCUGGUCUCAGCCGUUUGGAGUCAGCCCAAAUGCGAGCAGCAUUGGUCAGUACUUUGAUAAGCAUGACAUGAAAGAGUCAUCGUACCACCUCCUCAUCUCACGCUUGGAUCUGCACAUCUGUGAUGACAGCCACACUCGAGAGUCAGGUGGUUUGAAGCACGGGAUGCUGGGAGGUGCCAUGCAGCUCACCUUCAGGAGGAUGGCUUUUGACUAUUACCCUUUUCACAGGGCAGGAGAUGCCUGCAAGCACUGGGUGAGGUACAGUGAAGCGAUGGAAACACGGGGGCAGUGGGCAAGGAAGUUGGUCGGUGAAUUUCAAAGCAAGAUUGAGAAGCUUUAUGAAGAAAUGGACCCUGCGUUUGCCAGGACUCCACUUUCCCCCUUCAAAAGGAAAUCGGAUGCUUCUUUGAGUCCUCAUAAAAGUCCCUCGGAGAAAGGCCGUGCACCUCCCACAAGUUUGCCUCGACUCCGGCAGCCGCCCUGGAACCGGCUUCGAUCCAGCUGUGUGGUGGUUCGAGUGGAUGACCUGGAUGUUCACCAGGUUUCUACAGCUGGGCAGCAAAGCAAGAAACCCUCCACCUUGCUUUCAUGUAGCAGAAAAUUCUUCAAGCUUCCCGAUCAGGUCUCUGCAAUCCAUAUUGAAUUCACAGAGUAUUACUUCCCAGACAAUCAGGACUUUCCAGUUCCAUGCCCAAACCUGUAUGCACAGCUGAAUGGCCUGAUGCUUACCCUGGAUACAGCAAGCGUGCUCUGGAUAAACCUCUUCUGUCUGGAUCUUUAUCGCAGCUUGGAGCAGUUCAAAGCCAUCUACAAGCUGGAGGACUCAGGCAAGCACGAUGAGCACGUUGAUGUUCGACUGGAUGGCUUCCGGCUGAAGCUUAACAUCCCCGUGGAGAAGAAAGUCACCGACCACCGAGAUCGUCCACAGAUGCUCUGCAUUUGCACGUCGGAGUUGACUGCCACCAACACCCGCCACGCUCCCUUCUGCAGCUGCCAGGACCUUCAGAGUCUCUUCCGUAAAUUUGCCGGUUCGGAAUUCUUCCACUCCAGCUACGCCAAGUUCCCAAGGUCUCAGGACAGCUUCAGCCUCCUCCACACCCUUUUCUUGCGCCACGCGUACGAGGUGGAUAACAGACCUAGAAAACAUCCAGGCUCUCCCCAGCUACUGCACAAAACCUCUGCCUCCGAAGAUCUGUGGUCGAUGAAUUUCACUGAGCUUUCCCUGGAUUUUGAGGGGGCUGAAAGCUCCAAGGGCAGAGCCCUGAGCUUUAUUGACCCUUUUCCCCUUUCCAUUUGGGCCUGCCUUCCCAAGAGGUGGGGGCAAGCUCAGAUAUCUAAACGUCAGGAAUUGGCUGCCUCCGAGUUGAAAAUCAAGCCCUCCGCCAGCUUUAGCAAUCACUCCAAGAACGAGAACCUUUCCAGAGAUCACGGGGUUUGUCAAAGAUCAAAAACUGACCAGGAUCUGAAGAACAUCUACAAGGUCCCAGAGACCAUGGAUGUCUUGGGAGAAUCUGACUGUGAAGUUGAUGAUGGGGUAGAUACUAAAGAGCUGGAAGCCUCUGCUGAUAUCCAUGUGCUUGUGUCCUCGGCUGUUCAUGUCAAAGUCCGGCUCAACCACUACCAGUACUUGGUGCUCCUCAGGAUGAAGGAAGUUCUGCAAACACUACAGGAGCAGUUGGCCCAGGAUACCCAGGAAUUGACUGGGUCUCCUUUAGACUCCAUGUCUGCUUGUGUAGGAGUUAUGUUCCACAGUGCUGAGGUGGCCCUGCUCAUGAACCCCGCACCAGGGUCUAUUUUGGAACCCAGGUCCCUUGAUUCGGACACAACAAGCCUGAUCGAGUCGGAGCUCUCGCCUUCAGACAGCAAGGAGGGGCUGGCUGCUGAAGAGAAGGAGCUGAAAUCAGAGACCAGUUCAGAGAGGGGAGUGUGCAGCACCUCAGAGGUCCCAGAGGACGGCGGGCUUGAAAAUACAGGUACCAGUGAAAACACAGGUACCAGUGUAACCAGUGAACCACCAGAGCAACUCCCAAGAUCUGCAAGUGAUGGAGCUCUGAGUACAGCCCCACGUAGUCAGAGCAUAGAGGAGAAAGGUUUGAUAGAGGAAGCACACGAAGCUGUGGAAGCCCUGGUUGCAGAAAGACCAGCGGCGACCAGCAGCCAUCCUCAGAGCCCUCCUGCCCUCCCUUCUAGCCCAACCUCGGACACGCAGUCCUUGGGGAGAGGAAACAUCGCGCUCAAUGGCCAGGCGGAGCUCAUCCCUCUGAAGAACAUAGAGGUGGAGUUGUCAAGUGCACUGCAUAUCACAAAGGAUGCCACGAAGGAAGCUCUGCACGUGACCAUGGACCUCACCAAAGAAGCCAUGUCUCUAACAAAAGAUGCUCUGAGCCUGAGCCGGGAGAAGAUGACCUCCACCAUGCAGAAAAUGCUCUCUCUCCCCCCAGCCAAGGAUUCUGUGCCCAAAGCAGAAGAGGGAGCAGUGACCCCAGGCGGGGGUGGCAGCAGCCGAAUGCGUUUCCUCUCCAUGAAGAGGACAGCAUCGCAGCAUUCCUUUGACACCACGUCCGUGGAUGGGAGCGGCCCUGAGGAUGGGCUGUCUGUGGACAGCGAUGGCAGCGACGGCUUUGUGAUGCUCACAGACUCUGAACCCAGCCUGGACCCUCUUCCCUCAGGGCAUCUUCCUCAGGCCCACAAUGACUCGGGCAGCAGAGCGAGCCUGAUGGCAGAGGACGAGGGGGGAGUUUCUCCCGAAAUAAACAGCUCGACUUCGCAGAGUGAAGACCCCAGCCUUCAGCUGGUGUCUGUCCUCGUGCUGAAGAUGAAUGAGGUGAACUGUGGCAUAGAGGCACGAGGUGAUGAUUUGUCUCUUGCUUUGCAAGUAAUGAACGUGGUUCCAGAGCAACUGAACAACGUUGGCAUGUGGCAGUAUCUGCGUGGCUAUCUGGGAGAUCCAGGUGUAGAGAAGCCUCCGGUUCCUGAAGCUCCCAGUAAGACCCAGCCAGAAGUGUGCUUGCGUCUGGAAGUGGGACCUAACACUGCUGUGCAUUCACCCCUGGCUGUUCAGAAUGGUUUCCUUCGGAUGUUGGUUCACAGCUACGCAGCAGAGCUCUUCAUGUCCUUCCUUACCAACCUUGGCCCCUUUCUUGAGGAUGAAAUAAUUCCAGAGGUGAUCCCUAUGGAGAUAGAAGUUGUGGAUGCCAAAAUCACAUUGAAGGAUGACAGCCCUCAGGUGUACCCUACCUCCCCUGGCCCUGUGCCUAUCACCUUGGCAGUAGAUCACGUCGUUGUCAGGCGCAGAGAUGAUGGGGUGUUCUACCUAACAGCUCCGCAAGGGGAGGGCUCACCGAAACAGGAAAAACCUGUGGCAGUCCUUCAGGAGCAGAAGGCCCCGGCCGAGCGCGUCUUGGCAGCCCCAGCAGCAGGAACACGCGUGCUGCAGUUAAAGGAAGUGCCAGAGUUGCAAAGGGAGCUUCAGACCAUGAAAAUAGCCCUUGCAGAAGCCAACAUGGACAAGGCUCGCCUACUGCAGGAAAUUAGGAAAUACAAUCCCCUCUUUCAGCUUUGA